GAUUUGUUUUUCUUUGCUUGUGGGCAUCAUCAAUUUGGGCUUUGCCUUCCCCAACAGGCCAUUCGAUGGUGUCGGCUUUUAAAGUCAAAGGUCCAAGAAUUAUUAACGGAGAACAAGCCGCAGAAGGUCAGUUUCCAUGGCAAGUUGGUUUGUACAUUGACGGCAUGUGGUUCUGCGGGGGUAGUAUAAUCAGCGAGGAAUGGAUUCUAACUGCUGGACAUUGCGUCGACGGGGCUCGGUCCGCUGAAGUCAUAACUGGAUCCACUGACAUACAAUCCGGUGAAUCUUCAACGGCAUCUCAAUUUAUCCUUCACGAAGAUUAUGAUGAAGAUCUAACAGCGAACGAUAUUGGAUUAAUCAAGCUUGACAAACCUUUGACUCUGGGCGGAAAUGUAGCUGCUAUCAACUUGGCUUCUGACGAACUUCAAGCCGAUUUUGAUAUUACGGUCAGCGGUUGGGGUCUAACCAGCGAUGAUUCACUUUUCAUAAGCCAAUAUUUGAAUUUCGUUGAGUUGGUUACUAUUACGAACGAAGAAUGUGAAGAGACUUACGGAAAAGGAACAAUUCGACCUGAAAUGAUUUGCGCUAAUUCUCCUGUUUCUGAAGUUAAAAGCACUUGCAGUGGUGACAGCGGUGGUCCAGUGGUUGUCAAUGCAGAUUCAGAUCCAGUUCAUGUGGCUAUAGUCAGUUUUGGUAGCGAUGCAGGAUGCGAAAGCGGUAGUCCUUCUGGGUAUACCAGGACAGCGUAUUACAGAGACUGGAUCAAAACGAAUACUGGAGUUUAAAAUUAAAAAUGUUCUAAAAGAUUUGCUAUUCUCUGA